AUGGCCCCCAAACCAGUACAACACAUCGACGUCCUAAUCGUUGGCACGGGCUUUGGCGGAAUCGGUCAAGCCUACUCCCUGCGCGAUCUCGGCCUCUCCAUCAAGCUAAUCGACUCUCUUCCCGGCGUCGGUGGAACAUGGCUCACGAAUAUCUACCCCGGUGCCCUGAGUGACACGGAGAGCUUCGUGUAUCGCUUCUCGUGGGAUGCGGAGGAUUUGCAAAAUUACCCUUGGAGCAGACGGUAUCUGCGACAGCCUGAGAUUCUGGCGUACUUGAAGCAUUUCGUUGAGAAGCAUGACCUUUGGAAGUAUAUGCAGUUCAAUACGGAGCUGUUGUCGGCUCAGUUGGUGGAAGAGACUGGUGUCUGGGAGGUUAAAGUCAGUACGGGGGAGAUUUACUGGGCGCGCUACUUUAUUCCUGCGAUGGGGUUUUUCUCCAGGGCAAAUUUCCCUGACAUUCCUGGGAUCGAUUCCUUCGAAGGACGAAUCACGCAUACAUCCCACUGGCCCGCAGAUCUUGAUGUAACUAACAAACGCAUUGGUGUUCUAGGCUGCGGCGCUAGCGGUGUCCAGGUGAUCACCAACAUCGCACCGCACGUCUCGUCACUGACUGCAUUCAUUCGACACCCGCAGUACACCCUACCCAGCAACGACAGACCCAUCACCCCCGCAUACAGGACCUGGGCGAACGAGCAUUACGACCAAAUCUGGGCACAUCUCAAGACCUCCUUUGCCGGUUUUGGCUACGUCGAGUCCAAUCGUCCAUUUUUCUCCGUUGAUCCUGGCCGUCGCGAACAACUCCUCGAAGACCUCUGGAGCAAUGGCAACGGGAUGCGUUUCAUGCUUGAGCAUUUCUGCGACAUCACUACCAACGAGGAUGCCAACGAUGCGGUAUGCGACUUUAUCCGCAGGAAGGUCUACCAGAUAGUGAAGGACCCGGAAAAGGCGCACAGGCUCAUUCCCAACGAGCGCUUCGCCAGGCGUCCUAUCUCCAACGAUGGAUACUACGAGACAUUCAACCGUGAGAACGUGUCCAACGUAUAUCUAAAAGAAACCCCAAUCAAAGAAAUCACGCCUGAUGGUAUACGAACCGCAGACGGAACCUGCCACGUCCUCGAUGUAAUCAUCCUAGCUACCGGCUUCGACGCCGUCGAAGGCAACCUCAUCCGUGCGAACAUCGUGGGCCGCAAUGGCAGGUCACUCAAGGAUACAUGGGCAAAGGGUCCCAGGUCCUACCUUGGUAGCUUCGCAGCCGGAUUCCCGAAUAUGUUCAUGGUAAACGGGCCCAAGGGUGUUUUUGGGAAUGUGAUUCCGGCGAUCGAGGCUAGUGUUGAGUUGAUUACGAAUGCUAUUCAGCGUGCUGAGUGUUUCAGGAGGGAGUAUUGCGCGAGGGGAAUUGUGGAAGCUACGUUUGAGGCGGAAAGUGAGUGGGGUGAGAGGUGUGAGCAGGCUGCGAAGGGGAGUCUUUUCAGUGAAGUGAAGGGCUCUUGGUUGAGUGGGGGGAAUGUCCCGGGGAAGCCGGUCGGGGUGAGGACGUAUCUUGGUGGGCUGGGUGAUUAUAGGGCCAUGGGUAUGGGUGCUACGAGAGAUGAGUGGAAGGGAUUCGAGCCGUUUUAG